AUGAUUAAACAACAACAACUUAAGGCGCAAAGCGCCCAGGUCCUUCAGACCAUUACAUACGACAUAUAUGCAUAUAAUUCAAAGACGGCAGAACAAACGCAAAGGUUGAAAUAUGGAGAUUUGGAGAUAGUAUUGAAAAAUGACCAUUUCGAAUUCGUUUGCAAAGGUGGUGCAGUGAUAUCAAAUAUAAAAGAAAUUUUAUUUAUGAAUUCAAAAAUUAAAGGAAUAACGGAUGAUAUAACAUCAAUUCCACCAGAAGAACAGAGAUAUUACGCAUUAAAUGCAUUUCCUAAAGUUUUGAAGAUUGGAAGAUUUAAUUUAAAUGAGGAAUUCAUAGAAGGUUUCCUAAAUGACAUAAUGAAGAGGGUGGAUAAGGAAUAUGUGGAUAGUGAGUUAAAUAAGAAGGCAAAUUUGGUUUAUGUUGAUGAAAAAGAUAAUGAAAUUAAAGAAAAGGUUGAAUGGUAUCAUGAAUGGACAUUUGAGACUUUUAAAGUUAAAGCUGAUACAGAAUGGGUUUCAGGAUGUUUAGAUCUUAAUUAA